CUGGGCGCCAGACCUUCGUUGCCAUCUCUAGUACAUUUCGCAAAACAAACCAAAUCGCGCUCCAAAUUUUAAUAUUACCUAGCACAGGACCUACUUCGAUGGCAGAACCCCGCCCCGGCGCCUAUAACUACAAGACACUGCUAUGCACAAACAUUCCGGAGCUGUUUCUCGAUAAAUAUGUUGCGCGCUCGCACUUCGGUCGUUUCGGCAACCUGAUGAACUUCGUUCUGCGCCCGCGGCGGAUGACCUGCACAGUAAGCUACGCCACUGAGGAGGAGGCUGAGCGGGCGCUCCUCGAGGGCGGAACCUUCCAGGGCCACCAGUUCGAGAUGUCCUACGCGGAGAACGAGACGGCACCGGCACAGAAGACCGAGGAGUGGGUGGACCCGGACGUGCAGGCCGAACUCAGUGCCCUCCAGUCGGGCUGGCGGAGUGAGUAUACGGCUGGGAAAUCCCUGAAAUCCACUCCAAAUCCUCCGCCAGUUGCGGCAGCGAACGCAAAAAAUGCCACGCCUGUCGUCAGGGAACGAGCGUCCGCCCAGGUCCAGGAUCUGGAGUCCGUGAUGCGGAGACCGGCGCACACGAGCGAGGAGAAGUACCGCGUUCUCGAUGCCCGGGACAAGCUGCUUCGGCUCAAUCAAAGCCAAAGGAAGCUGGCGGGGGCCACACAGGGUCACUGCCCGGACAUGUGCCCGGAAAAGGAGCGCGUGCUUAGGGAGUUCCAGCGCCAGGUGGCCAUCUACGAGCUGCAGCCGGGCUCCGAUGAGUUCAUCUGCCACGAGCGAGCGCUCAAACAGUACUCGCGCAGCAGCGCGGAUCAGGAGACGCCGUUGCCGCACGAAUUGCGCAACGAGGCGGCUCUGCACAUGACCAUGAGCUACCUGAUGCACGAGAUCAUGGAUAUCAGCGAGCGGCGGGAGAACAGCAAUCUGGGCGAUUGGUUUCACUUUGUGUGGGAUCGCACGCGGUCCAUCCGCAAGGAGAUCACCCAGCAGGAGCUGUGCUCGCUGGGCGCCGUCAAAUUGGUGGAGCAAUGCGCCCGCUUUCACAUCCAUUGUGCCGCUCGUUUGGUGGCCGCCGAUCCCAGUGUCUUCGACAGCAAGAUCAAUGCGGAGAAUCUGACGAAAUGCCUGCAGACGCUGAAGUACAUGUACCACGAUCUGCGACUGAAGGGCGUCCAGUGUCCCCGCGAGGCGGAAUUCCGUGGCUACAUAGUCCUGCUCAAUCUGGCGGAUGCCAACUUCCUGUGGGACAUUGGCCAGCUGCCAGCGGAACUGCAAAGCUGCCCGGAAGUGCGACAGGCCAUCCAGUUCUAUCUGGCACUGCAGGACACGAACUUUGUGCGAUUCUUUCAGCUGCUGAUGGACGAGGAGACCAGCUAUCUGAGUGCCUGCAUUCUGGUUACCUACUUCACGCGACUGCGCGUGCUCGCCCUGCACCGUUUGAUCCAGGCCUACAGGUCGCCGCGCAACAACGAGGUGUCCUCGCUGCCGCUCACCUACAUCACCGAUAUGCUGAGCUUCAUCUACGAGCAGGAGGCAGCGGACUUUGUGCAGCAUUAUGGCUUGGAGGUCAACGAGGCGGGCAGGGUAGUCUUGAGCAGAAUGCACGCCACGGAAACGGAGUACAAGUUGCCGCGACAAUAUGAGCUGGUGGAAAUGAAACGCGUGAAGAGCGUGGGCGAGGUCGUUUGCGGGGAGCCUUUGCCCCCGAAGGACUACCUCAACCACCGACCGCACAACAGCUUCAACGAGCAUGGGCUGCUCAAGAGCGUCGCCUGGUCGGCCAAGGAUCAGCUGCCUGGCAUGCAGCAGCAGCAGCAGGAGGAGAAGGCGCAACCCCAAUUCCCGGCACAGCCACAGUCACAAUCACAAUCCCAAACCCAAUUGCAACCACAAGCACAACAAACAGCUCAAUCGCAGAGCGAUAACUUCUUCAAGGUGCCCAUGCAACCGGGCGGAGGAAUGACACCUGGCUUUGCCGCUCCGGCCACUGGCGGCUUCAGCUUCGUGCUGCCCAAGUCCCGCGCCCAGGAGCAGCAGGAGCAUGCCCUGGCCGAGAUGCAUCGUCGGGCGCAGGAGGAGGCCAAGCACCAGGCGCUCCAGCAGGCGAUUGCCGUGGCCAAGCAGCGCGAGGCCGAGCUGAUGGCCAUCCACAAGACCAAGGUGGCCGAAGCGGAGCGGGUGCGCCAGCAGAAGCAGCGGGAGCGCCAAGAGCAGCAGCGCCGCCAGGAGGAGGAGCAGGAGCGGCAACGCCAGCGGGCGCUCGAGAAGAUCCAACUGGAGCAGGAGCGGCAACGGCAGCGGGCGCAAAUGCGUCUAGCGGAGCAGCAGGCGAAGGAGGCACGCAAGAAGACCUUGACGCUGGAAUGCUAUCAGCAGAUAUUCGAGGAGGCUCUGGCGGAGAUCUGCCAGCGGGAAGUGCAGCUGCACAGGCAAACCUGCCGCUCGUACGACUCCCUGGUGGACUCGAUAACGCAACGCCUCGUGGAGGAGCAAAUGCAGCAGUCGAUGUACGAGUUGGGGAUCAUGCGGGUCUAUAUUCGACGGUGGCGGAACUAUCGGCGAGUCCAGCAGCAGAAGGACACGCUGUUCAAUCAACUGCCGUUGAGCUUUGGCGCCGAUGCAGUCGAUCGCUUGGUGAACGAGCGCUGCGUGGAGGAUUCACUGCGUCUGAUCAGACGCUAUCGCCUCGGCGAACCCUGCGAUUAUGGCAAACUGCUGACCGGCCUGGACGAGCAGAGUUGGCUGAAGCUGGAUCUGUGGCGCGUCUUGGAUCAGUGCCUGCCGCUGGCGCAGCCGGGCGCCAGGCGAUUCUAUAAGCUGGUGCUCAGCUUGCCGGGGAGUCGGGAGGGCUUGCAGCUGAACUACGAUCUGGACAGGGGACUCCUGCAGCAGCCACAGUCGCCGGAUGCCCAGAUCGUGGCGGGUGGCUACAUCAGGGGCUUCGCCCAGGGCAUCGGACUGAGUGUGCUGAAGAUCCGAGAUGGUCACCCCGAUUGGAAGGCCGCCGAAUUGGCCCACGCCAACGGCAUCAUUUGCCUGGCCGGUCUCUCGGAUUUGAGACACCUGGCGCAGCGUUUGAGGCCAUUGAUGCAGGCCAGUCACUGCCAGGACGUGGCUCUAAUUGUCCAACAUCCCGCUCACAGGGUGUUUGAGCACUCCGAACUGGAUUUCCAAGGAUUGGGUGUGCGCCGAUUCAAGAUUUUCCCCCUGCGACACUCGGCCAACUCCCGGCAACGUUUGAUGGCUGAAGUGGAUGCGGCUGUCAAGUUUUUGGCCCGCGGAGUGGAGGGGGAAUCCGCGGGACAGCUCCACCAAGUGGAUGUACGCGAGUUUGUGCUCGGUAAUCUGGGAGCGGAGCUCUUCCGUCGCCUGAAGUACGCCUCGGAUCAGGACAGAGCCAUUCGGAGGAGUAGCCAGCGGUGUCCGCAGUUCUGUGCCGAUCUCUUCAACGAGGCAGUGCGUCGAUUGCAAAUGGUGGCUGGCGAGGAUGUGAGCGAUUGUCCCCAGUUUCCCGAGGAGCUGCGCGUGUUCGUGCAGCCACUGGCCAUCGAUUCGCCGCUGCCCACCAAUCGCUUGGAGUACUUUGAACCCGGAUGGCAGCUGCCGGAGAAGCGGCAUCGCAUUGUGCAGCUUUUGGAGCGAAGCAAACUGCCGCGAUUGCCGGAAUUGCGGAGCGUUGGCACAUCGCCGGAGGAGGCGCAAUGCCAGUGGGUUCUGGACUGCGCCCAGGUGAGCCAGCCGGAGGAAUACGUGGAACAGAUCGCCCUGCAGGCCAUCAAAAUACUGCAAGCCAACGAGGAGGCUGGCUACCUGAACUUCGUGGAAUACUUGGCGAGCGAACGAAUGCAGUUUACACUGCGCGAGGAGAAGGAUUUACCCAGGCGAAUUGUGUACCGAACGAAGACGAUGAGGAGCCGCUUUCUCGGCGCCUGGUACUACGAGUUCCAGAGUCCGCAGAUGUGUGAACCGGCUUCACCCGAAACGGAAUGCCAGGAGCAGGGAUGGGAGCACAGCCCAGUGCAAGAGGAGCAGGUGGCAGAGGCGGUGGCGGUGGAGGAGGAGGAGCUGGACUUUAACGAGAUCAUGAGCAAGGCGGAGGCUGUGCUCAGCAAGUGUCGCCGGCGCCAGGAGGAACGCCACACCCUGCGGGACCUAAAUCGAUCACACAAGGCGAAAAAGAAGCACAACAAAUCGGAGAAUCACACUGAUGACGCGGAAAGUAAACCCAAACCGAAGCGCAUGCGGUCCACCUUUAAGUAGUAAUUCAAUUGUAUAAGGUCUAUGUUUUAUUGUACAUCCCAUUUGAUUUGUAGAUACCAUGUAGUAGAAGUCUAAGUCUAGUCUAGGUUUUAUAAUUAAGAACAAAAUUUACUAGUCCUAAGUAGACCCAAAAUCCUGACAGCAAUAUUAUCAGCAAGAGCGAGACGAAGUGGCAGCCGCCAAACGGAGCGAGACAGUCUUAAGAAUAUAGAAGGAAUAGCUAGGUAUUUUUUAUGUAAUUCUAGUGUUAAUUAAAUAAAGUUUUUACCAAGAUUCA